AGGCUGAGAAACUUGCCACGCGUACUAGUGCAUGUGCUGGUGUGGAAAGAUAUGGUAGCACCUAAAUCUAUUUAUUCGGUGUGGGAUGUUUGAGUCUGAUACAGUGAGCUGAAGAAAACCUAAUCUGAGAAAGAAAGAAAGAAAGAAAAUAAUAGAAGCAAUAGUUAAAAAUGCAGGGAGGAAAGACAACAGGAGAAUCCAUGAAGGAAAAGGCUUCAAACGUUGGUGCUUCUGCCAAAGCUGGCAUGGAGAAGACCAAGGCCACUGUCCAAGAGAAGGCAGAAAGAAUGACAUCACGUGAUCCGUUGAAAAAGGAAUUAGCAACCGAGAAGAAGGAAGCUAAGGUCGACCAGGCUGAGCUGGACAAGCAGGCGGCGCGUGAACAUAACGCUGUGGCGAGUGAGCAUAACUCGGCGGUGAAACAGGGGCCCACCUACUCCACCACCGGGGUGCAUGGUCAUCCCAAGGGAUUCCACCAUGGGACUGGAGGUACUUACAGUUAAAUAAUGAUGAUUAUACUAUAUAUCAUCAAAAGUUAUUAGCAAUGGUUUAAUAAAAACGGUGUUGUUGUUUUGUGUUCAUGCUUUUUUUUCUUUGUUUUUUCUUGUUUGUCCCUUUUCUCUCCAUUUUUGUUAUGGAGAGUGGAUGGGAUGUUGUUACUGGAUACCACUGUAAAAGUGUUUUCACUGUACUGUAUCGUUAUGUAUCAUUUCCGUUUCAAUAAAUAAACAAUAUCAUGGUAUUGUGUUA